UUCUACCCUGCUCAGCUCCCCUCCACCCCAGCAUGUUGUCCUGCCCAUGCCUCCUGCACACCCAUUCUCCAAUCUCUUGGUCCUCUCUUUCCUCCUUGGGUGUGGAAUAAACAGGCUGGAGAGGGGCCACAUGAGCAGGGGGAGAUGGGUGAGGGGGCUCUAUACCCUAGAGAUGGGGUGGGAAGAGCUCUAGGAACAUUGCUGAGUCAUGGGGGAGGGUUCCUGCUUCCCUGAUCUCCCUGCCUUGGCUGAGUGGUCAUACUACAACCCCCUCCCCAUGGUGAGUCUCCCCAGGGUGCCUGAGUGUAUGAACUGGGGCCCACCUGAAGUCAUGCUCUCCCCUAGCCCUGGGUGACAGUCACAAGAUCUGGGAACGGGGGAGGGAGUGGGACUCAGCAUCCCCAAGAUGCAGGACCCACCCCACUGACCAUUCCCAAGCAGGAUCCUUGGUGUGGGCUCCUGCCUGGCCAUGGGGGGGCGCAUGUGCUCCACCAAAUGCCAGGACUGCCUCAUGUCUGGUGGAAUGGGGAAGGAGGUGGUUGGAAACUGCUUCUUGGGUGCUAGAAUUCUUGCCCUGCAAUGCCCUGGCUCCCCUCCUCCAGCCCAGGAGCCCUGACUUCCCACCUCACUAGGCUGGGAGCCCCACUCUCCACCUCCCCCAGAGAGAGCACAGGCUUCCUUCCCCCUCAGGCCAGGAACCCAACUACCCCCACCCCUCUAGCCCAGGAGCCCCAGCCAUUUCCUGUGUUCUCUGCCCUGUGUUCUGGCCUCCAGGGCCAGGAACCCUGGCUCCUUCCACCGGCUUGCACAAUGGCUCCUGGCUUCUCAGAUGGAACCUGAGCCAGAGCAAUACACAGUGCUGAGAGGCCAAUUUCCCACCCCCACAGCAGCAGGGGGUGCAGCACGUCCCCCUGCAGCUGCCACCAGCAUGAGAAGCAGAUUUGCUUCUGGCCUAAAAUGAUUUAAGAGGUGUAUUCUGGGUCCCAGUUCAGAGCCCUUGUCAGGCCAGUGCUGCACAGACCUCAUCAAAAGCAGGUCCCCACCCAGGGCCAGGCACUACAGACACAUAAGGAGCAGGAUGUGAGUCAAUUGGAGACCCAUCUCCUUGGAUUGGGGUUUCAGGGCAGGCCUCUCAACCAGUGCUCCAUCUAAUAUUUUGCAUCCAUGUGCAGAAUAAGUUUUGCUAUGUGCACUGAGGUAUGAGUGGAUGGGCACCACCAGUAGAAACACAUUCUCCCAGGUGUGGGCACUCUGUUAAUCAGCUGGUGGGCACCUGAAUCUCUCUUGGGUGGCCGCACAAGUGCUCAGCUUACAGGGAACACUGCCCUCAAUUGUGGGUACUGGGAGACUCCUGGGGGACAGUUAGGUGGGGUUUGGAAGAAAGGGGCUCAGGGAGAACUGUGUCCCAGGGGGACUGCUGUGUUGCUUUCCCCAUCACAGGGAUUGGGGGGGGAGGUGUUAAAAAGCAGCUCAGCUGUCCUCUAUGGGGCACUGUGGGUCUCCUCACUGCUGGAUGGUUUCAGGAUCUGACCAGGAAUAAUGCCUUCAGGUUUAUAAUGGGGAGAGGUGGUGACGUGUGUGUGUGUGGGGGGGGCGGUCUGACACCCCAUCCCCCAAUUAAAGGCAAAGAGCUGGUCCUGCCCUGAUGUGGGGUUCCUAUCACCUCGGCUCCAGCUCUGCUCUGUGGCUGUUGAUUGUCAUGGCCCUUCCUCUAGGGCUGAUCACAGUUGGAAGCAGGCUGCUGAGCUAAAUGGCCCGUGAGUCUGAUUCACGGUGGGAAUGCCCAGGGGUUUGACCUAGAAGGGGAGUAAGAUACAGGUCUGAUCUGGAGCAGGAGGGAGGGAGGGACUGGCCAGAGGGGCCCAUGCAGCUGAUUUAGAGCAGGGGAGAGAUGGGAUGGCAGGGUAGACGGGCCCAUAGGGAGGUAUCCCCAAUUCCCCCCAAGCCAGGAGUGGAGAGACCUACCGGCAGCUUUCAGAAGUCUGGUAAGUGCCGGUGGGGAUUUCCUUCCUCCCACCCCACAGUAGCGCUGCCGUGGGUGCUGGUUUCCUGACAUCCCUGCCCCCCCCACAACCGCUCCCCACCCUGUGAUUGCGGAAGUUCCUCUUUGCGCAGCGCGGAAAACUGGAGUGGGGGGAGCCAGCUGGGGCGGGGGGAGCGGACGCAUCUGGGCUUGGGGUCCCCUUUGUGGGAGCCGCACCAACCACAGAGACCUAGCAGACGAUGGAUGGGGACGGGCGUGGCUUGGAGAGCUUGGGGGAUUUUGUCUCUGGUCCCCUUGUCACAUGGGUGAGUGUUGCUGGGAGAGGAGAGCUGUGCCUCUCGGGGAGGGAUGGGAUUUGUGCCCUGGGUGGAGUUGUGCCCCUUUGGGGGUGUGAGAGCCGUUCCCCUGUGGAGAGCUGUGCCCCUUGUGGGGAGGAGAGCACAGAAAUGUGCUGGCUCAGGGCAGGAUGCUGCUCUCUCAUACCCUGCAAUCGGGACAUUAUACCCACCCUUCUAGCAUGGAGCAGGGAGGGGCUUGGUGCUAGAUAAGGAAAGGGGGCUGGAGGCAGUUAGGGUGAAUGGGAGCUUGGGUGGAGUGGGGAGUAAGAAGUGAGUUGCAGCUUUGGGGUGAUGUGGGGGUGCUCUAUGAAGGGUUGGGAGUGAUCUAGGUGGACAAGGAUGGGGGAACCUAUCCCCAAGCCUGGCAUGGGGUCGGCACAAGCCCCAGUCAGACAUCCUGGGCCUGGGUCUGGCCUCCCACAGGCACCUUGGAAAUGGCCAGGGGAGGGAAGCACAUCGUGUGUGUACUGCACGGGGCGGGACUGGAAGCUCCUUGGGAUCCCUGACUCUUUGGAGUCAGAGUUAGCAGGGACCCCUGGGCAUGGAGGCUCUGGGGUCAGGCCCAGGCCAGGGAGGGGCAGAAACAGUGCUGUCUGUCUCUGCUCCCCAGGUGAGGACGCUGGAGAGCCUGGUGCCCCUGGGGCAGGCGCAGGAUGAGCCCCAAAGCCCCAGCGCCCCAGAUAAGCAGGCAAAGGCCCGGAAGUAUUUCCUGCACUUGGUGGAUGGAGCCUUCCUCACCCAGGUCAUGAGGCUGAUAGAUCCAACUCCUUGGGGUACUCGGCCACCCCAGAGCCAGCAGGGUGACAAGACCCUGCGACUCCAGACCCUGCGUGCCCUGCUGAAGCAGCUUCAUGCCUUUUACCAGGAUGACCUGCAGCAGCUGAUUCUAAUGACUCCCCCUAAUGUGCAGCUUCUUGCCAGAGACCCCCUGACAGAACAGGGCAUUGAGGCGAUGCGGAAGCUGCUGCUGCUGCUGCUGGGGGCUGCUGUGCAGUGUGAACGGAAGGCAGAGAUCAUUGAACAGAUCCAAGGGCUGGACAUUGAGACUCAGACUGUGCUGGCUGGUGCCAUCCAGGAGGUGACACAGGAUCCAGGGGUAGUGCUGAGCCUGCAGUGGGGGGCGCUGGCUGAGCUGCAUCCCACGGAACUGGCACGGGUCCUGCAGAGUCUGUUGUCCCAGCUGCGGAACCUGGUGCAGGAGCGGGAUGCAAGUGCUGAGAGACUGUGGGAGCUGGAACAGGAGCGGGAGAACUCACCCCCCCAUGGCCCGAUGUCCCCCGAGGGGUCCUGGGACAAUUGCCAGCACCUCGGGGUGCAACUGGCUGAAGCCCGGAGCCAGACCCGGCGCCUGCGCCAGGAACUGGAGGAGAAGGCCGAAGAGCUGCUGGAUCAGCACCAGGAGCUGCAGGAGCUGGAGGCCGAGCUGAGGAGGCUGCGACAAGAGCACCGGGCGGUGGCGGGUGAGGCACGCCUGGCAGGGCUGUACCGAGAUGAGCUGGAUGCCUUGCGGGAGAAGGCAGCCCGGGCUGAGCGCCUGCAAGGGGAACUCUCGGCCCUGAGGGAGCGACUGCCCAUGCUGGAGCUGUGCCGGGGCAGGUUGGAGGAGGAACGAGCUUUCUCCCAGGCCCUGCUGGACAGUAAGGCCCAGCUGGAGGGGCAGCUGGAAUCUGCCCGGGCCCGUGCCCAGCGCCUGCCCCAGCUUGAGAAGGAGAAUCUGCUGCUGAGGAGUCAACUGGAGCAAAUGGAGGAGGAGCGGGAGAGGGAGCAUCAGCAGCUGGAGGAGCUGCAGCAGGAGAAGGUGUUGCUGGAGGGGGAGUUGAGACAGAAUCUGGGGGAGCCUGUGCACCUGUCCUGGGAAGAGGAGCAGGAGCCAAAUGAAGUUCCCAAUGACCUGGCUGAGGCUCCUAAGUCCCUGAGCUACGAGGUGACUGAGGUGACAUCUGGCCGCCUGCUAGUACUGGAACGGGAGAACCAGGAACUGCGCCGGAAGCUGCAGGAGGCACUGGAGACCCCAGGAGAACCCAUGAGUUUGGGCCUUGAGCAGGAGAAUAAGGCUCUCAGUAAGGAGGUGCAGCGGCUGGGGACAGAGCUGGAAGCUCAGGAGGCCCAGAGCUGCCAGGAGCGGGAGGAGCUGAGCACCGCCCUGCUGAGGGAGAAGGAGCAGCUGGAGCAGGAGCUGCGCAGUUUGCAGGAGCAGCGGCACCGCGAGGAGUCUCUGCAGAGCCAGGCAGACAAAGGCAGCUGGGCCCAGGAGAAGCAGGAGGCACUGGAAGAGAGUGAGCGCCGGCUGUGCCAGGUGGAGGAGCGGGCAUCCAGCCUGCAGGACGCACUGCACCGACUGGAAGCCACGCACACCAAGGCCCUGGAGGGGCUGGCGGCCUCCCAGGAGGCACGGGGGCGCCUGGAGCAGGAGCUGCUGAGGCUGCGGCAGGAGCUGGAGCAGCGGCGCCUGGAGUCCUUGCUGCUGGAGCAGCUGGAGGCGGAGGCCCAGGCUCUGGAGAAGGAGCGGGAGAUGCUGCGGGCAGACCUGAGCCAAGCUGGGCGGGAGCUGGCAGAGGCCCGGGGCAAUCUGGAGGUUGAGCGGCAGCGGGCCGGGCGCCAGGCUGAACAGGCGCGGGAGGCUGCGGAGGAGUUGCGGGUGUCAGAGCGCGAGCUCGCCACUCUCCAGCGCGGGCUGGAGCAACACAAGGCAGCCCUGACCCAGCUGGAGGGCGAGCGAGGGGCGCUGGAGGCAGUGCUGAGUCAGGCCGAGAAAGAGCGCCGGGAGCUGGACAAGGAGACCCGGCAUUUGCGGGCUCGGGCCCAGGCCCAAGAGGAGGCGCUGGCAGAACAGGGCCGCAGAGCUGCCCAGCUCGAGGCCCAGAGCCGGCUGCAGGCGCUGGAGCUCGGCGGGCUGAGGGAGACAGCGCAGCGGCUGCGGGAGCUGGAGCAGGAGAGCAAGGGGCUGCGGGAGCAGCUGGCAGCCGAGCGCAAGGCUGCAGCUGCUCUGCGAGAGGAGCUGCUGGGUGAGAAGGUGAAGGGGCAGGAGCGAGAGGCCACUCUGGUACGACUGCAGGAGCAGAGGGAGCGGAGGGAGGAGGAUCAGCGCCUCCUGGAGGAGCAGCAAGGCACCCCGCAAAGUCAAUACCAGAGCCUGGAACAACGGCUGGAGUCAUCAAGGAGGAGAAGAUCAGUGAAGAGCAGCACUGGGGUCCCACCGCCUGAGGUGCCAGGGGCCAAGGAGCAGGGCCAGGGGGCCCCUGAGCCCAUGCUGGGACUUCAGGCUGAGCCAGAGAGCGACACCCUGAGCAGGCAUCUCAUUGAGGUGGAGCGCAGUAAUGCGGCACUGCUGGCAGAGAAAGAAGCUUUGACAGGGCGGCUGGGGCAGCUGGAGUCUCAGCUGGGCACCCUGCAGAGGGAGCUGCUGAGCUUGCAGGGGCAGAGCGGAGGCCUACGGGAGGAGAGUGGCCGUCUGCAGGCCCAGACACUGGAGUCCCAGUCCUCGGAGCUGCGGGAGCGACUGGCAGGACUGGAGGCCGAGGUGCGGGUGGCCCGGCAGGAACGGGAUGAGUGGCGCGGGCGCCACGAAGGCCUGGUGCGCAACCAUGACAAGCUGGCACUGCUGCACGAGCGCCAGGGUGCCGAGCUGGAGGGACUGCUGAGCAAGCAGGCCAGCCUCAAGGGUGCACUGCGGGCACUGGAGCAGGAGCACCGACAGCUGCAGGACAGGCACAGCCAUCUGGUGGCACAGCAGGCCGGGCUGGAGCAGCGGGAGGCAGCCCUGCGGGGGGAGCGAGAGCGGCUGGAGGGGGCUGAGCGGGAACACCGGCAGCUGGGGGAGCAUCACGCCCGGCUGCAGGAGGAGCAUGCACGGGUGCAGGCAGCCCCGGCAGCGGCCGAGCGAGCACAGGCGGAACAGCAGGGGGAGCUGCGGGGCCUGCGAGGUCGGCUGACAGGGCUGCAGCUGGAGCAGGCGCGGCUGGAGGCGGAGGGCACUGCCCUGCGGGAGCAGAACCAGCAGCUGGAGAUGGCACUGGGCCGGAUCGGAGACCAGUGUGAGCUCCUGGCCCAGCUGAAGGGGAACCAGGAGGAGGAGAACCGACACCUGCUGCAGGAGAUCCAGAAACUGAGCCAGGAAAACCGCACCCUGCUGGAGCGCAGCAUGGAGAGCCGGGAGCAGUACCACUCGGAGCAGCGCCAGUACUUGGACAAGCUGAACGAGCUGCGCCGGGAGAAGCAGAAGCUGGUGGAGAAGAUAAUGGACCAGUACCGGGUGCUGGAGCCAGCACUGCCCAAGAGCAAGAAGAACAGCAACUGGAUUGCAGACAAGAUGAAGAAGCUGAUGAAGCCGCGGCGUGAGCCCUCCCGGGAGCAGCAGCGCCCCCUGGCCGAGGGGGCCAGCAGCAUUGAGAACCUGCCAGCACUUGUGGGGCAGGAUGGGCGCACGCCUGAUGGGGACUCCAGUGCCCCCGCCUCGCCCGGACCCCUGCGCAAGGCCACCAGUGUGCUCAGCCUGUCUGAUGCCCAGCGGGUGCAGCUGCGGCUAACUCGGCGCAAACUGAGCUCCCGUGUCCUGGGCAGCGAGUCCUUUGGGGCUGGGGAUGCCACUCCCCGCCAGCGCUUC